AGUAACCUCUUUAGCCACUACCACCACAAACACCACAACUGCUUUUAAUCAUUUUAAACCAUGAAUUUAACUAUACACAAGUAAUAUUUACAUUAUAUUCAUGAUGUUAGUCAGAGGGGAACUGGCCCCCACAGUGAGUCUGGUUUCUCCCAAGGUUAUUUUUCUCCAUUAAUCUACAUCUUAUGGAGUUUUGUGUUCCUUGCCACAGUCGCCUACAGCUUGCUCACUGGGGUUAUUAAUACAAUUAUUAUUUAAUUAUUUUUAAACACGAUUAAGAAUCGUAUUUUAUCUAAAUUGCACAAUGAUGAGUCGACUUUAUAGACAUUACAGUUUUAUCGUCUGUUAAUGCUGAUCUUCUGUAAAGCUGCUUUGAAACGAUGUGUGUUGUGAAAGGCGCUAUACAAAUAAAAUUGACUUGACUUGCCGCUACCGAAGGAAAAUCGAGUGACCUUCGGGCAGUGUUUGGUUAAAAUGUGACGCUGCAGGCGGAGGUGCUCUGGUGUCUGAACACUGCCAUGCAGCACCACUCGUACGCAUCCAAUGAAGGUGUUUCUGAGUCGUUUCAGGCAAUGUUUCCUGAUUCUCAAAUUGCUAAAUCUUUUACCUGUGGCAAGGAAAAACCAGCUACAUUUUAAAAUAUGGACUUGCCCCGUACUUCAAAAAUAAACUGAUUACUGCGAUUAACAAUGCAGGACCAUUUGUGUUGAUGUUUGAUGAGAGUUUCAACCAGUCGACAAAAAAUAAACAACUAGAUGUCCAUUUUCGAUUUUGGGGAGGCUGGUUGUGUCCAGUCCCGUUAUCUUGGAUCACAGUUCAUGGGACAUUCAAAGACUGAGGAUUUGCUUCACCAUUUCAAAGAAUGUGUGCGCCUAUUAGACCUGAGGCAUCUCCUUUCCAUUAAUAUGGAUGGCCCAAAUGUGAACUUGAAGUUCCUCAAUACUCUCCAGCAAGAACAUGCUGAACUACAUGGAGGUCGGCAGCUAAUUUCUGUUGGGAGCUGUGGACUGUACACGCUACACAAGUCGCACAAGACUGGCUUCUCCAUAUGGAAUAUGGAGAAACUGUUGAGAGCAAUGCACUAUAUUUUUCACAAUGUCCCUGCAAGAAGAGAAGAUUAUACAAAACUUACUGGCUCAUCUGUUUUUCCACUCCCAUUCUUUGGAUUCAGAUGGGUGGAAAAUCUGCCUGUUUCAGAGAGAGCCACUGAGGUUUGGCCAAAGCUUAAAGAGUAUGUGGAGGCAGUCCAUAGAAAAGAACUACCAAACCCUGGAACCUCUUCUUUUGAUACCAUUGAAGCAGCAAAUAAAGAUCCCCUGAUCUUAGCCAAACUUCAGUUUUUUAUGGCGAUAUCCAGAACUUUUUGUCCAUUCUUGAAGAAAUACCAGACUGAUGAGCCAGUCCUGCCAUUUCUGUGCAGAGACUUGACAGAGUUGAUGAUGACUCUGGUGAGACGUUUUAUCAAAAGGGAGCUACUCCAAGACAUCACUCCCUUUAAACUGACCUAACUUGACCUUGAUGACCAGAAGAACUGGGUCAGUGCAAGCCAUGCUGACAUUGGCUUGGGUGCUGACUCUGUCCUUAAGGUGAUGCUGUUGUGCAACAAUUUGACAGCUUUCUCUCUCUGCAUGGCAAAAGUGAGGAGUUCCUCUCUUUCAAACCCAUGGAGCAAUGACUUGAUGCUUUUCUUCAUCAAACUCUCAACCAGACUUAUCCUGAGCUUCGGAGUUUCUUUCAACUCCUUUUGCUCUUAUCCAAUGGGCAAGCUACAGUAGAGAGUGGCUUCUCUGUGAACAGGGAAGUAGAGACUUGCAACAUAAAAGAAGAAACUGUUGAGGCCCAGAGACUAGUCUGUGACCAAGUUGGAGCUUGUGGUGGGGGGGUGUUCUCAAAGUGUCCCUCACAAAGGAACUACUGGCUUCUGUAGCCUCAGCCAGGACAAGAUACAGGAUCUACCUUGAUGAAGAGAGGAGGAAGAGAGAGGGUGCCAUGCGUGGACUUAAGAGAAAAGCUUUGGAAGAUGAGGUGGGAGAACUGAAAAAGAAAAGGGAGGUGUUGACCGAGGUGUGCGCCAGCCUUCAGAAGGAUGCUGAUCAACUAGCUGAGCAGGCCGAAAAUAAAUCUAACACACUCAUGGCUCAAAUGAUUACAAAAUCGAAUACUCUGAGGAGAUAAAAGGACAAAUGCAGUGAAUUAAAAAAUGUUGAGACAGAGUUGGAACUAAAAGCGAGCGGCACAUGGAUUAAUUUUCUUAUAUACACAAAGAUAAAACUGUAAUUUCUAUAGCAUUUGAAUUUUGAAUACAUUAAGUUCCAGCCUUUAAAUGUUCAGAGUUUGAGUUUUUCCUUUACUGUCCAGACUAAUAGAAUUAGUUUCAUAAUUAGGGUUAUAUUUGAAGGAGGUCACGUGUAUUUGAUGGUACAAUUUACACAAACCGAAACUUAAUGGCUUUUUUAC